AUGAAGUCACAAUAUGAUUUUAAUGAAGCAAUUCAUUUACUAAAACAAGCAUUUCCAGCAUUAUUGGCAUUCCUAUUACAAUAUGCUCUACAAGCUUUUAGUGUGACCGCCUUGGGACAUAUGGGAUCAACAGAACUUGCUGCUCUUGCUUUAGGAUCCAUGUACGCAGCAGUAACAGUGUGGUCAAUUGGAUUCGGAUUUACGUUGGCAUUAGAUACAUUGUUUCCACAAAGUUUCUCAUCAAGAAGACCAAAGUUGAUAGGGAUAUACUUGCAACGUGCUAUCAUAAUAAUUCUAGUUGGAAUUGUUCCAUUUGCGGUUAUUACAUGGUGGAAUGCAGGAACAAUUCUUGGGUUUUUGGGACAAAAUGUUGAAUUGUCAAUGAAAUCAGAGAUAUAUCUACGUUAUUUGUUAUUGGGUGUACCUCCAUGUUUAAUUUUUUGGUGUAUUGAGAAAUAUCUCCAGGCUCAAGGAAUUAUGAAGGCGACAACUUAUAUUCUGAUGUUUUGUUGUCCAAUAAGUCUCAUUCUAAAUUAUGUAUUGGUUUUGUGGGAACCGAUAGCUUUGGGUUUUAUUGGUGCUCCAAUAGCAAUCUCCAUAACUAAUUGGUUAAUGAUGAUCUGUUCAAUAUUUUAUGUUAAAUAUGUUGAUGGUAGUGAAGGUUGGGGUGGAUGGUCUAGUGAAAGUCUUCAAGAUUGGUCUCCUUUGUUAAAACUUGCUGUCCCUGGUAUUUUAACAUCACUUGCAGAUUGGUGGGUUUAUGAAUUUUUGGCAUUAGCGGCAGGAUACCUCGGAAAUUUACCAUUGGCUGGACACAGACUAAUUCUAACGAUUGCGCUACUGUUGUAUCAAUUGCCACAUAGUAUUUCCAUAUCAACUUCGAAUAGAAUAGGCAAUUUGUUGGGAGCAAAAUUAGCAAAUAAAGCUAGAGUGACAGCAAAUAGUUCGUUAGUACUUGCAGUUUUAGGAGCUGCUUUUAACAGCACUUUGUUAUUAAUGUUUAGGGAUUCUUUAGGACAUUUAUUUACUAAUGAUGGAGAAGUAGUAUCAUUAGUUUCGACAGUUUUGCCAUAUUGUGUUUUACUUCAGAUUUCAGAUGGAUUAGGAGUAGUUGGGUCAGGAAUUCUUCGUGGUCAAGGAAGACAAGACAUAGUGGCAACAAUAUACCUAACGUCAUAUUAUUUGAUAGGAAUGCCGUUAAGUUUGAUACUAGCAUUUAGAUUUUCGUAUGGAUUGAAGGGACUUUGGAUAGGAGUAAUUGUAGGAUCGUUAAUUAUGGGAUUAGGGUUAGUUUUAGCAGUUAUAACUACUGAUUGGCAAUUGGAAUAG